CAUAGCUACUCUGUGAAUAUGUGAGGUUAAGUUCUAACAAAUUUCAAAAAUGUUAAGAACAAUUUGUAAAUACACUAGUUUUCGAAAUUGCAGCAAUGUCCAGUGCAUGUCGUACAGUCAGGCCAGACUUAAGGAAGUCAAAUUGCUGGAGACAACGUACGAAUCUGACGACUUCACUAAUGUCACCGAAAAAAUUAUAUCACACAUCGGCAAGAAUUUGCACAAGAAAGAAGGACACCCGCUGAGCAACGUGCGACAAAGAAUCGUCAACUACUUUUAUAAAUCGUUCGUUAACUCCAGAGGUAAUCCUGUGUUUUCUGUGUAUGAUAAUCUUAACCCCAUUGUGAGUGUUACACAGAACUUCGACAGCCUCCUCAUACCCAAGGAUCAUGUGUCCAGGAGCAAAAGCGACUGUUAUUACCUUAACAGAGACUAUUUGUUGAGGGCACACAUGACAGCACAUCAAUGCGAACUCAUACAAUCAGGUUUGAACAAUUUUUUGAUGGUUGGUGAUGUUUACAGAAGGGAUGAGAUUGACAGGACCCAUUAUCCAGUGUUCCAUCAGUUGGAUGCAGUGAGGUUGAAAACUAAAGAUCAACUGUUCAAUGAGAAAAAGGAUCUGCAAAUUUUUGAAGAAGGCAACAAUACUGUAAACACUGGUAAUCAGGAGAAGCAAGCAUGCCACUCCUUGGAGGCUGUAAUGCUAAUGGAAUAUGAAUUGAAAAGCACAUUGGUAGGUUUAGCUAAAACUUUGUUUGGUGAAAAGACUGAGUAUCGUUGGGUUGAUGCAUAUUUUCCUUUUACACAACCCUCAUGGGAAUUGGAGGUGAAGCAUGAUGGAGAAUGGUUGGAACUGCUAGGCUGUGGCAUAAUGAGACAAGGAAUUUUAAAGAACUCUGGAAUAAAUGAUAGAAUUGGUUGGGCUUUUGGUUUGGGAUUGGAAAGAGUGGCUAUGUGUAUUCACAAGAUUCCUGACAUAAGGCUGUUUUGGUCAAAUGAUUCUGGAUUCUUAAAUCAAUUUAAUGUUGGUGACAUCAAUAAGAAUGUGAUUUAUAAAGCCAUAAGUCAGUUUCCACAAUGCAAGAAUGAUAUUAGCUUCUGGUUGCCAGAAGGUGUUGAAUUUGCAAGUAAUGAUUUUUAUGAUUUAGUGAGAAGUAUUGGAGGUGACUUAAUUGAACAAGUAACAUUGGUGGAUAAUUUCAAGCAUCCCAAAACUGGAAAGACUAGUCACUGUUAUAGAAUUAUAUAUAGGCACAUGGAAAAGACUUUGACUCAAUCAGAAGUAAAUGAUGUACAUAAACAGAUUGAAAAUGCUGCAAAGAAUUUAUUGAAUGUUACCAUUAGAUAACUUUGCCAUGUAAAUAAUUUAUAUAAAGAUGUGAAUAAAGUUAUUUAUAUUAUUUUACUGUAUAAUUUAUAUUUUCUAAUAAAAUUCAAGUUUUAAAUUUU